CACCCACCUUGACGCAAUUCCAUUUCCAUUGUUUGUUUAUCUUCUUCUUCUUCGUCUCACCCCCUUUCAUUUCUACUUUGCUCCUUUUUGCCCUCUCCGUAGGGUUCACCCAUGCUCAUCUGGCUCUUCUGAUAUCUCUCUUGUAUGAUUCCCGGUUUCCUAUUUCUCCAAAGUUUACUGCUGCUGAUCGUGUUUGUCGUCGUUGUUUCGCUCCUUUUUGCUCUGUGGAGGGUUUCCCGUUUCUCAACGGUGUUGUGGGUUCGAUCUCCCGGAGUUUCUUGAGCUGUGUCGAUGUCUCAGCUCUUCGGAUUUGCUGGAAGUGACGACUUUCACUCCGGGGACACAAUAUACACGAACCCCAAGGACCCGAGCCUCUUUUUGCCGCUUGGUCACCAUGUCGAUCUAUAUUAUCCUUCGUGAAAGAGGUCUCGUGUUAGUGUUCCUUUCAUCUUCGAUGGACGGAUGUUUGAGCCAAAGAAGCAGACUUCUAUCGAGGUUCUACCUGAUGAGUGUCUCUUUGAGGUCUUCAUACGCUUGGAGGGCAAAGAAAGGAGCUCAUGUGCAUGUGUUUCAAAGCGCUGGCUUAGCCUUCUCAGCAGUAUCCGCCGGGAGGAACUUAUCCAUGUGAAAGUUUCAGAAAAGGUGAUCUCGGAGUCUGUUGAAGAGACUGAAGGUGAAGGUUAUCUUUCAAGGAUCUUGGAGGGGAAGAAAGCUACAGAUGUCAGAAUUGCAUCUGUUGCAGUUGGAACUGCUACUCGUGGUCGAUUGGGCAAGCUUUCCAUUCGG